AUGGAUACAGAAGCGAACCCUGCUACCGCUGAGGUGCCUGCCACUUCUGCAGGCACCUCAGAGCCUCCGCCACUCCCAUAUUCCCUGCGAGACCGAAAAAAAUCGAUCGCAUUCUUCUGGUCCUUGUUUCUCAUCGACUGCAUCGCUCAGCCGCUUGCGUUAUAUUUUGGGCUAUGGUACGGCACGAACCUGUCGCAUAACCUGGUCUUCACCAUUGUCACCAUCUCAUUGGGAGGUAUCUCCGUCUUCGAAUACUUCUAUCGACUCUACAACCUCUUCCGCUCCGACUCUACAACCCGGCCAUUGAAUGCUAGGAAGUCAUGGCUGGACUUCUUCCAAAUCAACUUCACCAUCGUAUGGCUGAUAUUGGCGGUUGAACUCAUCACCGGAACGGUACCAGAGGAGCCUUAUGUGCGCCUUGUCGCUAUGGUUCUCCCCACGGUGAUGUUCUACUUUGGGGCCGUUUACCUUUCACUGGACAUUCUCCGCGCGUGCGGAUUCAGAGCCCCCUUCCGCAUCUCCUCCACUCCAAAAGGUGCCGUCAUGCCCACAGCCUUAUAUGUCAUGAUUGAAGAUGUGGUUGCGGUCGACGGAGGCGGAGGUCAAAUUUAUCGAUACGCCCUGCGAACCCGUUACCUAUCUAGCCCAUAUUUCCGCCGCAUGCUUGUGCAGAUGAACUUCUUCUGGGCAGGUGGCUCCAUCAUCUGGGCCGCUGCCAUCACCGCAAUGAUCUUCACUACACCCCAGGACGCCGCCUUUGUUAUCGGGUGGUCAGUUCCAUUUGUCUGGGCCGGUCUCUGGACAUUAAUCACUAUCCCGUGGGUCCAAAGCGAUCUUCGACGCGAGAAGGAAGCAUGGCGGACCAACGGCGCUCAAGGAGGCGAGGCAUACGUCGACGAUAUCAAUGCUCCAACGGCUCGGACUCGCCUUGAGUCCAUCCAUUUCCCGCGCUUCUUCCCGCAGAGACUAGUUCGAGAGAAGCCGUCUGCAGCGUCCAUGUCUGAAACGCAAUCGUGA